UGUCUAUAGGAUCCUUUUUUGAACGAACAAUGCGUGAGUUAUUACUUGUACGAAAGCUAGAAGAAGAAAAUGCAAAAAAGAAUAAGCAAAAUGAACCACCUACACCUAUUUUACCUGAAAACACAUCUAACAUUGACUCUCACAUCGAAGAGCCGUCAUUUCCUACCCAUAAACAAGAGACGCAAGAGGCGCAUCAAGAUACACAUAAUAUUACACUGAACAACAACAGUGAUAUUAAUUUAUCGUCAGACGGGAAUACACAGAAUAAUCCCGAUAUUAGUACUGUUCAGAUUCAGACCUCUGUCACCGUUUUAAAUACAGAUAUCCAGCAGCAAUCAUCGGCACUUCCAGACGACGAUAAUUCGAUACUUAUCCCUCUAGAAAAUUCGACUUCGAAUGAUGUUGCUUCCUCUGAUAAGACCGUUCAUCCAGCUGAACUUGCGGAAAAUAUAAGCGAUUUAACCGAAGGAAAGAAACAAUAUGAUACCGCAUUACAAACGAAACGAGAGAGUCUUAAAGAAUUUUUUCUUCAAAAACAACCAUAUAUACAUAAAGACUCUUACACAAAUAAUCUUGCAUUAGAUCCGGAUUUCAUAGAAACGGAGAGCCAAUCAUCUUUAUCAUCAAUUUCAAGACAUAAUACAGGAGAUGAAUUAAUGGUUACACUCACAGAAAGCGAGCAAAUUAAGAAAGAAAAUUCAAAUUUAUCAAAAUCGGAAAACUUGCUAUCAGAUAGUUCUAAUCAUCAAAUAGAUAGCAAGUUAAGCCCUGAUGAAAGACGUCAAAAAGCAGCAGCAGAUCGCGAGUCUCAGAGAAAGGAGUUAAAAAAUUUGAAGAAACUGAAAAAGCGCCAGUCCGCCGGACAGAAACUUGAUGAUGAUAUAGUUAUUAUGGUGCCACAAAAGAAAGCUACUACAGUUGAUAAAUUCGAAGAGACUCCUACUGUGGUUAUUAAUUCCGUAGAAUCAGAUGGAAAGAUCACAAUUGCUCGUAUAAAACAUUCAAAAGACAAAACUUCUUCUGCUGAUUCAGAUACAGAUGGUUCAGUGGAUUUAGAUGCGCUCAUAGCUGGAGGUAGUGAUUUAGAUUCUAAUGCGAUGCAAUUGAAUGAUGAUGGUCUAGACGAUGGUGAUGACAACUUCUGGAAAAUUGACCCAGCUGAGCUUGAAAGACAUUUAUCUCCAUCGACAACUCCUUUGCGUCGUCCCUCGCCAGAUCCACAAAGUACACCAACUUUGGUUUCUUUAGCAAUUUCUAACAGACCGGUCAGCAUGAUCGCGGAAGAAGAGGAGAAUUUAAGCGAUACACCCCUCGAAAUUGAUGGGCAGGAAGCUGACGAUAUUUUAAAUACGUUUUCUAACCCCGAAGAUCAGAUUGACAUGUCGUUAGACACACAAAUUACUCCAAUUUUGAAGCCUGUAUCCCCUUCUCCAGUGCCUUCACCAUAUCCAACACUUUCGGGAGGAAAGUCUGGAAUCCCUACAGGAUUACCGAAGACUGCAUUCAGUCCGCACUUUGGUCCGUCUCCUCUCUCACCUACCUCAUCUAGAGCCUCAUCAGUUGCGGAUCCAGAUGAAUAUGAGACAAUGUCAAACGGAUCAUAUACUUCAGUUCGUUCGGCAGGAAGUGCAAAAUCUGGAACCUCAGGAAUACGGAAACCGUCAAACACAUCAGGACUUCGUGCACCUAGUCGAACAGGUGUUCAUGUUACAUCGCCUUCAAGAAUGUCUCUCCCUGGUAGGGUUGAUUCUCCCCAUACAUCAAUCCCAUCCCCAGGGCGACAAAGAUCAUUGAGCGUUGUCAGUAACAGUUCUACUGAAGAGAGCACUACUUCGUCAGUGGAUGCAGUAUCACCUUCACGGAUUGCCUCUCCGACUCGUGGAGUUCGCAUAUAUAGUCCUAUGUCACAGACUAUAACAGGAGGCGGUACUCGUCCAAGAUCUAUAAGUCGUAUAAGCAAUAGCUCAGCAGAAUCAUCUGCUACAAACGCUUCAACCACUGGUGUGCGACCACUAAAUAAAGCUGGUUCGAACAUUGGCACACCCAAAAUUUCAAGUAUAAGUUCGGGUAUUCCGAAUCGUGGUCGUAAUAAUAAUACAGAAAAAAAUGUAUCAACAGCACGUCCUGUUUCACAAUUGCAAUCACCUUCGUCUAGUUCAACUGGUUUAUCACGGACGACAAAUAGAAAUAGUUUGAUGAAACCUCCAGGUUCUGCAACAUCCGUACGAUCUCUUGGCGGAAAUACCACUGAAACACCUAAACAAAAUACCAUUAAAAAAAUUCGACACCAAUCUCAGAUUGUUAAUGAUCACGAUCGUUCCACAUUUGAUUCAAAUGCCACCACUUCUGGUAUUAGACCACCGUCUGUUAUGAGAGGUUCUACAAUUACUCGCAUUGGUAGUCGUCAGAGUUCAGAUAGCCUAUCCUCUCACGACGAAUAUAUUAUAUUUACUCCUCCAGAAUCCCCUACAAAUGCAUCAGAAACGGAUUCACUUACUUCUUUAACAAGUUCUGUUUCUUACGGUUCUUCGCCUGGCAGAGGGACAUCUCCAAUACCUCCCAUUACUUCUCCAACUAGAAUUUCAUCAAAGUCAAGCAAUCGGACAUCAAUGAUCACUCCUCCAUCUCGUAUAAGUAAACUUACUUAUACUAGGACGACUCCUUCAAAACUUGCAAUUCCUGGCAGUCAAGCUGCAUCACAAUCAAAUUAG